AUGAGCAACCCUCAUCUACGUCUUGAUACGCCCCAAUCCCACACCAUUUUCAUCCGCCCGGGCAUCGAACCAUAUACUUCGUCUUUGCCGGGUUCGGUUCGACUUGCAAGGAAGGCUUCCAUGGGCAUGGACAUGACAGAUAGUGCACGCAAUAUCACUAUUAGUCUUGUUCGAUCAGUGAAAUUCGAUGGCAAUAGCUCACCUCGCACAAACCUCAAGGGUCGCUGGCGAAAUACUCUUCGAUAUCGACAGUCCACGACAAAGCAAUUUAUAGCACCGGGCUACGAAGAGACUGUUCUGAAUUGUAUUCUUUGGUCCGCACUUGACAAACUCGAGUCGUGUCGGAAUACAGACACGGAAGAUGGUGUGGUAUACUACUUUAAUAUUCCGGUGCCGAACUGCCUCCCUCCAACGAUGAAAACCGAGCUCGGGUCAGUCAAUUACUACCUCAAGGCCACGAUUGACCUUGAGUCUGGCCGCAAACUGAGUGUGUCCAAGACCCUUGACAUCCUUUAUCGCUUGAUACAACCAACAUCCUUCCCCAGCAAUUAUUCUCGACGGUUCACUGCCUCCCCUCUGAUGAUCCAAACUACGAUAUCACGGCAACGACCAAAAGACGCGACUACCAAAGCGAUGUUCUCCGUGGAGCUAGCAAUUCGGAAUUUGCUGACACCAGGUGCCAGAGAUGGUGAAAUGAAAUAUAUAGCUAUCUCAGCAAUCAAGUGGAGGGUCGACGAAGUAGCUAUGCGCCGUAAUAUAGCCCAUUGUGAGAUGCAGGCCUUUGCUAACACUACAACGACGUCGAAACGGUCAUUGAUAGAAGGAAAGCUCGAACCCCGAUGCCCGAAAGUCAUAUUGAAUCGCUCGGAUCAGAGCUGCCUGCGUGAUGGCUGCUUACGUGUCGACUUCGAAAUCAGGAUUCCGGAAAGUGCAAAUGCUGCAGACGAAAUCUGUGAGAGUUACUGCGGCGGUGACGAUCCACGGAAUAUUUUUCCACUGGCCGAUCUUCCAGGAAUUGCUAUCAACCACGAAUUGAAGGUCGAGCUUAUAACCCGGGAGGACACCUUUAGUGGUAGAACGAACAAGAAACUGGACCGGAAACCCAUCGCUAAGUUGUACGGUGCAAUAUUUCCGCUGCGAAUACACAAGCUUGCCAAUGAUGUCGACACGAUGGAGACAUAUUGUCUCGACGAGCCUCCGGCAUUUGAUGUGAUCCAACAGAUGCUACCCCCGAAAUACGAACCAUAA